GGUGGGGUUUUACACUCAAACCCACCGAGCAAAACCUUUAGCAAAAAGAAUUGCUGUUUUCUCUUUUCAUUUCACAACUUCCUUUCCUAUAAACACUUCAAAUUUUCACCAGUUUUAAUAUGGAUUCCAAUGUCAAAGAACUAGCCACCGAAGUUCUCCCUUAUAUCCGAGUUUACAAAGACGGCUCAGUUGACCGAUUAGUCGAUUCACCCAUCGUCCCACCUUGUAAUGAAGACCCUGAAACUGGGGUCUCAUCUAAAGACAUCGUUGUUUCAAAAAGCCCACCGAUUUCAGCUAGAAUUUACUUACCUAAACACGUCGAACAAUCCCCAAAAGUUCCUCUGUUAGUCUAUUUUCAUGGCGGAGGCUAUUGCUUUGAAUCAGCUUUCUCUUUUGUUGAAACCAAGUACAUGAACAGGUUGGCUAAACAAGCCAACGUUGUUGUUAUUUCGAUCGAGUAUAGGCUAGCCCCUGAACACCCUCUCCCUAUUGGUUAUGAAGAUUGUUGGUCUGGCCUUCAAUGGGUCGCUUCCCAUUCUAUCGAUGGUGGUUUAAAAGAUGAACCUUGGUUAUCAACUUAUGUUGAUUUUGAUCGACUUUAUGUCGGUGGUGACAGUGCAGGGGCCAACCUUGCUCACGUUAUACUACUGAGAGCUGGUUCAGAGGGUUUAAAUGGUGUUAAAAUCAAAGGAGCUUUUCUAACACAUCCUUAUUUUUGGGGUUCAAAGCCAAUUGGGUCGGAGAUUAAGAACAAUGAAGAACGGGAGAAGCUAGCAGUAUGCAUGAUUUGGCACUUGGUGUACCCUGAAGCACCUGGUGGCAUUGAUAACCCAAUGUUGAACCCAGUUGUUGAAGGGGGUCCGAGCUUGGCUGGAUUAGGAUGUUCAAGGCUGCUUAUUAGUGUUGCAAAAGAGGAUUUAUUGAGAGACAGAGGGGUUUCAUAUUAUCAUGCAGUGAAGAAAAGUGGGUGGAAAGGUGAAUUGAUGGAGUUAGUAGAUGUCGAAGGAGCAGAUCAUGCGUUUCAUAUUUUGGCUCAUGAGUCUGAAACUGCUAUGAAACUGAUUCAAAAACUGGCUUCUUUCAUUGUCUAAUGGUGGGAAAAAAUCAAUUGAGCAUGUAAACCUGUCUUUUUCUUGUUUUGUUGUGUUUGGUGAUGUUUUUACUGAUAAAAGGAAUUAGAGUUAAAUAUUUCUAUGUAAUUUUAAGGGAAUCUGAUGCUCCAUUAUCUCAGAA